AUGAAGAAGGCACUAAGCAAUCCAUACUACAAGGGUGUGUCAACAGAAUGGUGGGCUGAAGCUGUAAGUACAGCAGUGUACCUUAUUAAUCGUUCCAUAAACACGGCACACGCGGACUCGACACCGUACAAGUUGAGUUUCAAGGUGAAGCUCCAUAUGGAGUACUUGCGCGUGUUCGGAUUGCAGGGUUACGCUCACGUUGACGAUGCGAGGAGAACGAAGCUCGAGUCGAAGAAGUUUAGCUGUAUGUUUCUUGGGUAUGCCGUAACCGUAAAUGGAUACCAUUUAUUUGGCUUGGACGAUUCCAAGGUCAAGACGUCAUGGUCGGUCAAGCUGGACGAGCGUGAGGUGGGCGGUAUAUAUGACACGCAAAAAUCGCAACUUGGAAUGGUCACUCAAAUAAAGGAACCUAUUCCGGAUGCGGAGAUGGACGACGUGGAACCUGAGGAAGAGGAUUUUUAA